AUGUUCCGUGCCCAAUCCUUCCUACCCGUCCUUGCUUUGGUUCUGCGGGUCGCUGCCCAUGGAUAUGUUGAUCAAGUCACGAUAGGCGGACAAGUUUACACCGGAUAUCAGCCCUACCAGGACCCAUACGAAAGCCCCGUCCCCCAGCGUAUUGAGAGAGCUAUUCCAGGAAAUGGGCCCGUCGAAGAUCUCACACUCCUUGACAUCCAAUGUAAUGGCUCAGGGGGCUCCGGUACGAAGCCCGCCGCUCUCAUAGCUUCAGCAGCCGCUGGGGAUGAGAUUGCCUUCCACUGGACUACAUGGCCCAGUUCGCAUGUCGGCCCAGUCAUUACUUACAUGGGGAAAGUGCCUAGCAACACCGAUAUCACCAGCUAUUCCCCCACUGGCUCCGACGUCAUUUGGUUCAAGAUUGACGAAGCAGGUUACGAGAACGGCAAGUGGGCCGCUACGGAUAUCAUGUCGGCACAGAAUAGCACUUGGACUGUGACCAUACCGAAGGCGCUCGCUCCGGGACAGUACAUUGUCCGUCAUGAAAUAAUCGCCCUGCACCAAGCUGAGACCUAUCCCGGUGCUCAGUUUUACCCUGACUGCUUCCAAGUCCAAGUCACCGGCCCUGGUACGGAGACACCCACAUCUCAGGCUCUCGUGUCCUUCCCAGGCGGCUAUACUCCCACCACUCCCGGCAUCACCUUCAACGUCUAUAGCGGUAGUAUUACUUCAUACCCCAUCCCCGGUCCGCCUGUCUGGACGAGCAAUGAGGCUUUCUCCGGCGGGUCUUCCUCAUCUGCUGCAGCCAGCAGCACGGCAGUCGCCUCUUCGACCGCUGACUCCUCAUCCUCUGCGGCCGCCACCCAGUCCUCCUCCGCCGCACCCUCUAGCUCUGCUAUAGGUACGAGCACGGCUAGCUCCGCUGCCGCUAGCGGGACCGCCAUCGUCGACGCGAACACCUGCAUGAAUAGUGCGUAG